AUGCUGAAGCUGCUGGCACUGUCCCUCCUGGCUAGUCUGGUGUACUCGGCCCCUUGUCCAGCCAAUCAGUGAGUGGGCAUCAUGGGAGGACAUGAGGCAUCUGAGAGUAAGUGGCCCUGGCAGGUGAGCCUGAGAUUUAAAUUAAACUACUGGAUGCAUUUCUGCGGAGGCUCCCUCAUCCGCCCACAGUGGGUGCUCACUACAGCACACUGUGUGAGUCUCCCUGGGCCUGGCAUCAAAAGCCCAGAGCUCUUCCGGGCGCAGCUUCGUGAGCAGUAUCUGUACUAUGGGGACCAGCUACUCUCUAUGAACCAGAUCGUUGUGCACUCCCACUAUUACACGGCUGAGGGCGGGGCAGACAUUGCCCUGCUGGAGCUUGAGGUACCUGUGAAUGUCUCCACCCAUAUUCACCCCAUAUCCUUGCCCCCUGCCUCGGAGACCUUCCCCUCAGGGACAUCGUGCUGGGUGACAGGCUGGGGCGACAUUGAUAAUGACAAGCCUCUCCCACCACCUUAUCCUCUGAAGCAAGUGAAGGUGCCCAUUGUGGAAAACAGCCUGUGUGAUCGGAAGUACCACACUGGCCUCUACACAGGAGAUGACUUUUCCAUUGUCCAUGAUGGCAUACUGUGUGCUGGAAAUACCAGGAGAGACUCCUGCCGGGGCGACUCAGGGGGGCCACUGGUCUGCAAAGUGAAGGGUACCUGGCUGCAAGCAGGCGUGGUCAGCUGGGGUAAGGGCUGUGCACAGCCCAACAAGCCUGGCAUCUAUACCCGGGUGACGUACUACUUGGACUGGAUCCACCGCUAUGUCCCUGAGCAUUCCUGA